AUGUAUGAUUCAGAUUCGGUCUUGCGAAUGCCGACAGUCUCAAUCUCCAGGGCUGGCUUCGGCUUGAUUCAAUACAUUAAUCAAUUUACUUGCGCCCCAAAGAAAGGCCCAACAGAAGAGCCAUUGAAUGUGUACUUUUGCGGGAUGAAACCAAAAUCGUCCGACCUAUGUCCAGUGUGCCAUUCCCAGUCACUCGAGAAGACCAAAAGUCCAGAUGCCCAGGCAGACAUCUCUUGGAUCCGAUGCGAUAUCUGUCUUCAGUGGUAUCAUUCUUUAUGUGUGGAACUAACUGAGUUCCGUUUGAAACAAAUUGCGCUGUUUCAUUGUCCCGAGUGUGAGAUUGAAAACGGACCGUCACAUAUGAAACGCCAACUGAAAAGAGCUAGAGCGAAGAUAGACUAUGUAGCCCUAGACCAAGGCGAAACUUUCGCUGUUGACAAAUCAGUGCAUCCGCACGUACCUAACUUUCUCAACUUUGAGCCUUCUGUUGAACUUUCUAGGCAAUCACAGAGUUUUGUCAGUAUCCUUGAUAGCAAUGAACUAGACAAAAACUAUGUCUUUGCAACAGGUCUUGUCAAGCCGGUGUUGGUGCACAACGUAACAUCUACAUCUGGCUUGAAACUCCCAAGGCCCAGGGAGAGCAUCACUGUUGAUUAUGUUGCAGAUAAAACUGGUGGGGAUGAGCAGGUGGAGGUUAUGGAUGUUCUAUCGCAGCAAAGCGAGCUGCCCACUUGGACAUUGCGCCAAUGGAAAGACUACUUUUACACACCCGAAUCAGAAAGAGAUCGUAUACGAAAUGUGAUUUCUUUGGAAAUAUCACGCGUUGAGGAGCUCGGCACAAACUUUUCUCGGCCAAAAAUGGUUGCUGACUUAGACUUGGUCGACAAAGUGUGGUGUGACUCAGAUGGGCACAAUCAAGAGCGGCCCCGGGUUACUGUUUACUGCCUCAUGUCUGUGCGAGGUUCAUAUACCGAUUUUCAUAUCGACUUUUCCGGGACUCCGGUCUACUAUACGGUAUGCCACGGCGCAAAAACAUUUCUCAUGUAUCCUCCCACACCUGAAAAUUUGGAGCUUUACGUCAGCUGGUGUCUCGAACCGCAUCAAAACUUCACUUGGUUUGCAGACUACUCCAAGCGCAUCAAAGGGAAAACAAUCAAGCCCACAGGCGGAUUCAAGGUCGAUUUGAAGCAAGGCGAUUUGUUCAUUAUCCCCAGUGGCUGGAUUCACUCGGUCUACACGCCUCACGAUGCUGUUAUCAUUGGAGGUAAUUACUUGACAUUACGAGACUUGAAUAUGCACUUGAAAAUCUACGACAUUGAGAGGCGGACGCGUGUGCCAUCCAAGUACCGAUUCCCAAUGUUCAACAAAGUUUUGUGGCUUACCAGCUGGUACUACUUCAACCAUCAGGACAAAUUUCUCGAAGACUUGGGUAUCCCUUGUCGUAAAAUAGAAAAGCAUCAUACUAAUAUGCCGAAGCUUGACUCUCAAACUACUGAAAAUACAACCUUCAAUCUGGAAGUCCAUAUAAAACCAGAAGGAGUCUCAGAGAACUUGGAUAACGCGUCUUACUCCAUUGCUCAAAACUGUGAAUCUAAUUUUUUGAAGGAUGAAUCACCUUAUAGACCUGAGGCACUUGGAUCUCACAGCACCGAUCGGUAUUGCAGCGGGUCGACCUACGAUAUUUCUCACGCACGUUCCGUUUUGCAAUCACUUAUUUUGCAUCUAAAACAGCAUUACGAAGUGAGUAAAGCACAGCCUAUUGCAAAGAAGAGCAUUCCGACUCGUCUUAUUGGCAGAAAUGUGAAUGACUAUUUUGCCAAACUAGAAUCAUGGCUUGAUACCCUCCGUUAG